AGAGGCUAAGCAAAUAACUUAUAACAUAGCUAACAGUCUCAAGGGUAGGGGGGUUGUUAUCGGGGAGAAGACGCCGCCAUGGACGAGGCGGAGGAGAUCCUUCUGAGUUCGCUGCGCAGUUCUGGCGUUUCGCUUCCUUCGGGCCUCUCCGCCUCCUCCUGUUCGAUCAAAGGUCUCUCCCCCGACGCCCUCGUCUCCGUCUGCGCUCAAUCUCUUCGCCUAAUCCGUGGCGCCGCCUCGGCGUCCCUCCCGACCUCGAUCCCGGAUGCCGCCGCGGAGCGGUUCAAGGUUUGCGCGGAUGUUGCCGCGGUCAUCAAGUCGAUCGGAUAUAAAGACGAUCUCAGCUUCCACCAGUUUCUAUAUCCAACAAAUGAGGAAUCGUACAAGUUGCUGAGGUUUUUAGUGGAGAGGCUAUCCGAAUCAAUUUUGAAUACAGGUGCAUCAGCUGAUACAACAACCAGUCAUGCUUCUGACAGCACCUUAGCUAGUGGUGAUAGUUCUAACGAUACAUCAAAAUUGCUUACAGAGUGGCCUAAUAAAAUGUAUGAGAGUCAAGAUUUACAUGAUUUUCCAUGUACUUCCGGAAGAUCAUACAAAGAAUUAUGGGGGAUAUCUGAUAUAGAUGUUACGGAAGUAAACACACAUGGGUUGCUUGGUGCUAGUGCAGUUCCAGGGCCACUGGAAGAGUCAGAUGAUGCAGGAUCGUUAUACGGGCAUCGGAAAUGUGAUAUAGAGAUUCAUUGCAAGGAGGGAAAUGUUGGAUAUGUUUCAGAACAACCAAGGAAUUCCACAGAGGUAUGUGCCAAUAAAGAGGAUACUGUGCAGGAAGAUAGUGAAUGUAUUGUUGAACUUGAACAGACACUGGCUUCUCUCCGGUUGGAAAAAUUGAAGCUAAGAAAUGAGACUGAGUGUUUGAAAGAUCAAGAGAAGUCAUUGAAGGAGAAAACACAGUCUAAAGUCUUCGAAAUUCAGGGUCUAGAAGCUGAGUAUGAGCUCCUAAAAGCAGCUGUGAAAAUGGCAUUUGAUGAUCAACAUUCUAUUGAGCUCUGUUUGAAAGAGCUCAAUGAGCAAGCAGAAGCAAGAAGGGGCAAUCUUGUGAAACUGGAAAUGCAAUGGAAUGCACUAAAAGGAACAGCAGAAGUGAGACCACUAUUGCUUGAGCAGUCGAUACAUGCUCAAAAACCUGAACUGCAAGAAAAGCUUUUGAAAUUAAAAGAAAUUAAACAAGUGACAGAGGCCACAAUGUCAGAAAUUCACAGAAGGGAGGUUGAACAUGCUGAACUAAUUGCCGAGCUUGAUAAAUUGCCAAAAGUUCCUUCUAGAAAAUAUUACAUUGAUCGUGUGACUGAAAUAACAAAGAACAGCUGGAAACAAGACACUGACCUUCAUCGAAUUUUAAAGGAGAUUCGAGAAGUUCAGCUAGAGAGUAAUUCCAUACAGGAAAGGCUUCACAGGACAUAUGCUGUGGUUGAAGAAACAGUUUUCAGGUCCUAAGGGACCAUGGGAGGCUUCGGAGAGGCUGACCUUUGCGGACGGACACGCAAGGGUGCCGUACGACUUAGGCAAAACUAGCUAAGUCCGUGACUGGGCUGUAUUAUUCGAAAUUUUAUACCUUGUAACUAUUAGUCUUAUAUGGAACUUUGAGUAUUCUGCUAAUGAUUUUUGUAGUUCAUCUGUAUUGAAGUCUGUUAUGACUGCUUUGUCUACGCAUGCUAUAUCUUAUUUCUUUACUUGUCUUAUUAUUAUUUUUCCUUCAAAAGAUCUUGUCUUAUAUGGUGAAACUUCUUUCUUUAUCUGUCUUUUAAGAUUAUUUUCAACGUAUGCUUGGGUGUCUCCUAGGUUAUCUAAUGCUGAUUCCUUUCCUUUCUUAGAACCUCCCCUUAACAGUUUUUCCAUUGUCUUUUGAGUAUUGAUUUCUUUAAAUUGGGUUUCCAUCUUUUGAUCCACUGGAUGCUUUAAAUUCUAUAUGUGAAAAGUCUAGUUUCUUAUGUUUAGUUAGUCUUGACGUUCCUGAAGGGAUUUUUAGUUUUUCUAAUUGCAAUUGUUCUAACUUUUGUAUUUUUCCUAUAAGUUCUAUUUUGGUUUGGAUUAAAUAUUCUAGUAUUGUAUUCAGGAUAGCUUCUUAAUUUUGAUUACUAUUUUUCUCAUAUCAGGCUAUAUCAAAAUCAGUUGCAGGUAUUUUUUUUUUAUGGUUUUUGUAUGACUUUUGUUAAAGUUCUAUCUUCCUUACUCAUGCAUAAUUUUAUUUAUCUUUUUUAUUUGUAUUUGUAGAUUUUUAAUUAUUUAUUUGAUAUUUUCUACUUCAGUUUGUAAUUUUAUCACUAGUUCUUUAGUUUCUUGUUCUAUUACUUUAGGAUCUGAGAUAUUUAUUGCUUCUAGUGCCUUUUUCAAUUCACUUUUAUUUCGACUUUGUUUCUACUGCCUUAUUCAAUUCUCUUUUUUUGGACUUUAUUUGAUAACUUCCACUGCUUCUCUGAUUUGUUCACUUAUAUGGUCUAUAUUUCCUAGUAAGGUUUGAUUAUUAUGACUUGACUCUCUAGCUAGAUCAAUAAGUUCUGAAAUUUCUUUAUUAGUCUUCUCUUGUUCUCGGAGACUUUCUGAGAGAUUUAUAAUACAAUCUUUUAUCAGAUUUUUUAUAGGUGAACCUUGAAGACUAUGUACUUUAUGUUCUUCAGGGAUGCAAAAAAUGAUCCAGUCGGGCGACAGGCAUAUAGGCUUCUAACUAGCAUCCACGAUAUCUU